AUGGUCGUCUGUAAACAAAGGCUGCGCCACCCGAACACGUGGAUGCUGGGAGCGUCGCUGUGGCUGCUGUCGACGUGGCUGGGGACGGUGAUCCUGUGCGGCGUAGAGAGCAUGACGUGGGCGUUCCCUUUCUUCCAUAGCUUUCCAGAUCUUCCGCUGGAGCAACGCCAACGCAUCGUGACGUCUUGGUCUCGCAGUUACUUUCGCCACCUCCGCAUGCUGUUCAAGACCCUCAAGCUUCUCACUCUCCUCGUCUUCUUCACUCAGUUAGAUGAAUCAGAAGGCAACCCGUCAUGGAAAGCAAUAGGAUACGAAGGACCAGACCCAGAGUUCAAAGCGCAAUUAAAGAAGCAUUUUCUAAUGGCAGCGUCAAAAGAAGGAGGCAAAGAACAUAAAGAUGAUGAUGACGACGACGAAGACGACGAUAAUGAAGACAUCAUUGGACCUCUUUAUAAGGGUCUUGUCCACUUAGAUUAUCCUCGAGAUAUCACUACAGAUGCUCUUCGAAGAUCCGGAUUCCCUGUCUCUGUUAGUCGUCGAAAAUCUAAACCAUCCACUUUAUCAUCUCCUUCCUUAGUUAUCCAAUGUGACGCAGUGGUGGUAGGCUCCGGAUCCGGUGGUGGUGUGGUCGCGGGAGUUCUUGCAAAAGCUGGUUACAAAGUGCUAGUCUUGGAGAAAGGAAGCUAUUCUGCAAGGAACAAUCUUUCUCUUCUAGAAGGACCAACGAUGGAUCAAAUGUACCUCUCUAAUGGCUUGAUUGCCACUGAUGAUAUGGGUGUGUUAGUGCUCGCAGGUUCCACUGUUGGAGGAGGCUCUGCAAUAAACUGGUCAGCCUGCAUUGAAACUCCUAAGCAUGUCUGCAAGGAAUGGUGCGAUCACCAUGAGCUAGAGCUAUUCAAAAGCAAGCUGUACAAAGAAGCCAUGAAUGUUGUCUCUGAGAAAAUGGGAGUUCAAUCUGAGAUCAAAGAAGAAGGAUUCAACAAUGCGAUACUAAGAAGAGGGUGUCAAGAAAUGGGCUAUCCAGUGAGUAAUAUUCCUCGAAAUUCCCCACCAGAUCAUUACUGUGGUUGGUGCUGUAUGGGCUGUAAGGAUGGGAAGAAGAAGGGCACAUCAGAAACAUGGCUUGUGGACUUAGUGAAAUCUGGUAAUGGAGUGAUUCUUCCAGGCUGUGAAGCAAUUAAAGUUCUACAUAGGAAGAAGAAAGGUAUAGACAGGAAGGUAUCACAUGGAGUAGCUUUUGAAUAUGAAUAUAGAGGAACUAAGGAAAUCUGCGUCGUGGAAUCUAAGGUCACUAUUGUAGCUUGUGGAGCUCUCUGUACUCCAUCAUUGCUUAGAAAGAGUGGCCUGAAGAAUCAAAAUAUAGGGAAACACUUGCAUCUUCACCCAGUGACAAUGGCUUGGGGACAUUUUCCAGAUUCGAAUUCACCUGAGGUUUGGCCUGAGGCACAUAAGAAGAGCUACGAAGGAGGGAUCAUGACAGCAAUGUCAACUGUUAAUGUAGACUUUGAAAACUCAGGGUAUGGUUUUGUGAUACAAACACCAUCCCUACAUCCUGGCAUGUUCUCAAUCCUAAUGCCAUGGGUUUCUGGAACUGAUAUCAAAGAUCGAAUGCGCAAGUUUUCAAGAACAGCUCAUAUAUUUGCACUAGCAAGAGAUCAAGGAUCUGGGGUUGUUCACUCACCAACCUCGAUCAGCUAUCAAAUGAAAGAAGCGGACGAGAAGAAUCUACAGAAAGGAAUAGAGAAAGUGCUGAGGAUUCUUGCAGCAGCUGGGGCUGAAGAAAUCGGGACCCAUCAUAGUAAAGGAAGGACGUUGAAGGUAAAGGAGGUGAGCUACCAUGAAUUUGAGAAGUUCGUGAAGAAGGAAAGUUCAAGGGCAUUGAGAGACUUGUCGACGCCAUUAUGCUCAGCUCAUCAGAUGGGAAGUUGUAGGAUGGGGACGAGUCCGAAAGAGUCGGUGGUGAAUGAGAAAGGAGAAACGUGGGACGUAGAGGGGCUUUUUGUGGCGGAUGCGAGUGUGUUUCCGACGGCUUUGGGUGUGAAUCCGAUGGUCACUGUUCAGGCGAUUGCUUACUGUACAGCACAAUCUGUACUUGAAGUUCUUCGAAGGAAAAGAAGUAGAUAAAGACAUGUUUAUAUAUAAAAGAGAACCGGAAAUGAAUAACAAAGGAAGUUAUGAUGCUUUGGUAA